AGGAUUUAUCAAUCAGCUUCCUCCAGACAGCAUGACUCUCUAUCUUUGUCUCCCUCUGCUGGCUGUGCUCCUACAGCCGACUCUGUGUCUCUACAACUGCUCGUCUGAGUAUGAGAGGAUCCCAGACAAUGCGGACAUGAUGGUUGACUGUGGCACUAGUACAAUCACCCUGGAGAUCAACCUGUGCACGGCUCAGUGGGCCGGCUUCAACACCACAGACCUGGCCAUGAACGGGAACCACAACACCACGGAGUGCCAGGGCUCCAUCGACACCAGCGUGGACCCUCCAGUCAUCCGUUACCUGCUUCCUGUCAACCAUAGCCAGAGUAACCCCUGCCGCCAGUCUCUGCAGAUUGUGGAUGAGACCCCGGACCCCACAGGUCCAUUCAGCAGCUUCUUGACCAUCCAGUCAGUUAUCAUCACCGGGUUCAUUAACACACCCAAAUCUGACCAGGGGGUGAUCAGCUACUCCACAGACCUCUACUAUCACUUCUCCUGCCGCUACCCGCUGGAGUACCUCAUCAACAACACACAGAUUGUGGCCUCCUCAGUUUCCGUGGCGACCAGCGAUAAUAAUGGGUCCUUCAUUGACACAUUGAAAAUGAGUGUUUAUAAUGACUCUGACUAUAGCAACCCGUUAGUGGUACCUCCAAAAGGAAUUGUGCUCCGAACCAGGAUCCACGUGGAGGUCAAGGCUGUUAACCUUACAGGAAAUUUCCACUUACUGUUGGAUCACUGUUUUGCCACUCCCACUCCUUACAACACGACGCAUAGUGAGCAGCACAACUUCUUCACCGGCUGUAAUGUGAACCAAAGGACAACUGUGACAAGCAAUGGCCUAUCCAUGGUUGCCCGGUUUAACUUCGAGGCCUUCCGCUUUGUUCAGCACCGCGACCAGGCAAAGUCCAGCAUCUAUCUGCACUGCAUAAUGAGACUCUGUGAGCCCAGCAAAUGUCAAGAGCUGCUGUCUGCCUGUACUAAUAAAAGAAGAAAAAGAUCUGUGGCCGCUUUUGGAGAAGAAAGCAGGGAAUCAGCCACUGUUACAGUCGGACCUCUUUACACUGCCGCCGGAGAAGACAAGCCAUAUGCAGCUGCCUAUAGUAAUGACGUGGCAUCAGAGAGGGAUAACGUGGACGUGACGGGCUUGGUGGUGGGGGUGUUGUUUGGCUCGGCUGCUGCUGCCUUGCUGGUUCUGGGCGGCUGGUUCGCCCUGAAAAAGUUUUAUUGGGCGGGAGGAUUACCUCACUCCUUUAACUGACAGAACAACCGGACCAACUCGUCACCUCAUACCAGAUUGUUACUGUGUGUUUAUUGUAAGAUGUUGCGAUUUGUCAGUAAGAA